AUGUUCGCGAUCUCCUCCGCCUUCUCGCUCGGCCAGUGCGCCGCCAACCCCGAGCUCGUCUCCGGCACGUUCGGCCCUUACCCGGGCUACACGGGCGACUUGUCGGUCAGUGGCACAGUCUCCAUGUACUCGAUUUUCACCUUCGACAUGUCCGGCCUCGACACGGCCGGGGGGGCCUGCACCAACCCCGACUUUGCGACUCUCCCCGGCAACGCGUGCGGCAUCCACAUCCACGCGGGCACGACGUGCGACACCGCCGCCGAUGUCGGGGGCCACUAUUGGGUGUCCACCAAAGCGCCGCUGGACCCAUGGUCCGACGGCGAAGUCGGCUACGUCGCGUUCUACAGCACGACCGACGGCACCGCCUCGGGCUCGUUCGCCGCCAAAACGGGCGCGACUACGAGCGACAUUAAGGGCCGGGCCUUUAUCGUCCAUGGCGCAGACGGCGGGCGCAUCGCGUGCGCGCUUAUGGAGGCGUACUCUCCCCCCGGAGACGACGACGACGACGACGACGACGACGACUACGACGACGACGACUUCGGAACCGAGUAG